ACCUAACCUCCGACGUCGCUAAGCUAACACCGACUACGGGUGACCUUGACACAAUGUGGACGUAACCAUCGAAGAAGACGAGCGCUCUGCAUGUUCUCGAAGACUGCCGCCGUUCGACACGUUCCCCACGGAUGUUCCAUUAGUUUAUUUGCGGCGUCGUCCUGUACGCAGGCAACCCAUUAUCGAUGCAUCUUGCAUUCACGUUUCCGCCUUACUAAGCACUAAGUAUUACUCUUCGACAUGCACAGAGCAAAGUCGAUGCUUAUCCGCCUCCAACGACCCGAGUCGCCCAUGUCCGACUUGCAGUAUGACCUUUUUCCUCGCCGUUCGAGGUUGCUGUCGUUGGAGAGCCUCAUGUCCUUUGGGAUGGGCUCAGAUCCCAAUGGAGGGACGUUAUCGGGCAUCAUGUGUGCGAAUCAGAGUGGCUGGAUGCACGGGUACAAGGGCUGCAUGGAGCCGGGGCUAAUGUCUUGUGCUGGGUGUUUUCUCGUCAAAUAUUGCUCGGAGCGAUGUCAAAAACAGCAUUGGCCUCGCCAUCGUACGACUUGCAAUCACUUGUACCUCAAGCGUGAUUGGCAACCGGCUUGGGUACUGGAGAAGAGGAAGCCCAGGUUUCGUUCUAGAGAUGUAUCUACUGAACACCUUUGGGGAGAUAUUCCGGCUAUCGACAUCUUACGAUUAGAUUUCAACGAGGGUGACCUGGCGCAUUCCCAGAACUUCAAAUUAUGCUUUGCUGCUUCUGGAGACAUUCGCAACCUUGUCGAGACAGUUAAUGGCCUCCCUAAGCAUUACCAGGGAAGGUGCGACAUCUUGCUCAACGACAUCGAUCCUAUCGUGGUGAACAGAAACCUCGUCAUCUUGUUCUCACUUCUUGGCUCUGGUCCGUCCAUGGACGAAGCCGCCGAGCUCGCGACGCAUCUCAUGUACUCUGCAGCGCUUCCUGCCGCCGGUGCUUCCUUUGUGCAACGUUGCAUCGACUACGUCUAUGGCUCCAACUCUGACGGGGAUAUAUCUUACCGCGUUGCCCUCUCGACUAGAGGCUCAGGGAAGAUUUACUCAUUACAGACGUCUGCCGGCAUUAAGCACCCCGUAGAGAUGUUCAGGUCUUCUUACGACCUUCCAGUUGCAUUGAAAUCCAUGCGCAGAGUUUCCGAGGCCUCAAGGACAGACAACCAUGAUCAGUUACUAUCAAAGCUCACUCCUGGACACCGACUCGCUAUGAAACAUUUCCGGGAAACCGGCGUUCUUGCGGCUUUUUCUUUGAACACGAAUACAUUCAUGCAUCCGAAUAGAUUGUUAUUCUCAGUGAAUGGAGAUUGGCUGUCAUCGGGAACCGCGAAUCCUCUAUGUGGCUGGGACAUGUCUGCCGUCCAGCUGUCUGGCGAAAAGCAUGGUGUGGAGUUUGCUGACAUCUUCGGCUGCCUCUUCUUCCACGUCAAAGACCAACUCCGCGAAUUCGCAAGAAGGAUGAAGGACUUCAAUAUCCACCUCCACCUCACGCAGUUCGAUUCCAAGAUCCUGUCGAAGGGUUUAUUCGCUGGAGUCGUACCGGCGUUUGAGGGCCCUUGCUUUGACCGGGUGGAUGCCUCCAAUACGAUGGACUCUGCGGGUAUCAGAGCAUCCUUGAAUGAUUGGGGGCCUUUGUUAAACAAGCAGAAUGAAUGUUCUGCUAUUCUUAUCCACUCGAAAACGUGGCAUGCAGGUCGCCGGGACGGAUCCGCACAGGCUCAUCCUCGUACCGUGGAAUGGCUAAUGAAGAAAUACUGCAAUAUUCCUGGUCUGCCGAAGCCGAAUAAUUUGUUCAGCCAGGGUUUGAGAUCACCGCUAUUGCUGCACAUGAUUGAAUCCGUGGAUGCGUUCUAUGAUCACGAGCCCGCGUUCCGGCGGUAUCUGCAGGAGCAUGACAUGGAUGUCUCAACUGCGGCGUUGGAGCUACGAUGUCGGGAGGCACAUACUAUACACCCCAAGCGCUUCGGUAUCACCCUGGGCCUGACUGAUCAACGACUACCAGACCUGAGCAAGGACGAAUUUUAUCGGCUAUUCACGCUUGGCAAUGCGAACCUAUUGGUGCGAUUUUUGGAAUUUGAGAACACGAAGGCAUGAAUGACGAUUGGGAACGAUUUUACGCGAUGAGGAAACGUUUUAGAGAUGGAUAGAGACGAACAUCGGAUUCUAUGUAGGCGAUAUACCCUGUACCUAUGGAUGAAUGCAAAAACUAUGGCUACCUCCCG